AUGCCACAACAGCCAAAUCGAGACCGAGACCGAGCCUGGGGAAACGAACGACAGCAAAAUCGACGACGGGACUUCCUGAGAGGAUUGUUCCGAGGAUUCCACGCCCGACGCUUGGCCAGACACGAGCACGAGCACGAAUACAAGAACAAGGACGAGACUCCGGUUAAUAUGGGACGACAGGAAAGCAAUGGCGACAGCAAUAUGGUCAGCAACGACAACAACACUAGCUUUGACGGCAGCAGCAGCAGCCCCGGCGGACAGAUUCCUUGCUUGCACUCGCACUCGCAUUUGACGCCAACUCCGACAUCAGGGGUUGAAGUCGAAUCCGCUAAAACAUGUGACCACUCUGGGGGAUCCGUACAACGACGUUCAAGGACCGAUGAGUCGCAAGGCGAAGGGAACAACGACAGCCACGGCAACAGCAGCAGAGACAGCGUCGACGAUGACGAUGACGUGAAAAGGUCCUCUGACAUCACGCGCAAGAUCGAGACCGAGACCGAGACCAAGUCGGACCCGGAUAACAGUGCGAAGAAUGGACCAGGCCCAGCAAUCGACGCGAUAUCAUCUUCAUUUUUGUCUUCAUCGUCUCAGAGCACGUUUCCACAUUCAUCUCUCUGGGCCAUUGGACCGUCUCCUCAGAACGGCAGCAUACCUUCAUCAGUACCUGCGAUUGACUCGGCUUCUGUACACGACGACAGCGACAGCGACAACAGCAGCAGCAGCAGCAACGGCAGUCUCACCAACGGUACCCCAAAGACAAAGCGCGCCCGCCGCACAACGGUGGAAAAAAUAGAACAGAGCGCAAAAAUCACGUUGGACAACGAGUGCGCGAGAGCCGAGCUCGAGGAGGCCGGGAUUCAUGUCGUGGAUUUCGCGACCGGGUAUGCUACCAGUUGCCCGCUCGCCCACGCGGCCACUCAUUCGACAUGCCGUGAUGACUGA